GCCCCUUUUUACCUCAGAGAGGAGGCGGCCAUCAUGGCGGCGGAGGAGGAAGCGGCGCCGCUGAGCGGUGUGGGCUGGGCGGCGGGACCCGAGGCGGCUCCAGCGGGCUGGAGCGUGAUCACCGCCAGCGUUGAGGGCAGCGCGGCCAACCUGGGCAAAGGCUUCGGGCACAAGGGCGGGUACCUGUGUGUGAGCACCGCAGCUCCGGGCUCGGCUGGCUCUGUGGUGACUGACGUCCAGGUGCUGAGCGACCGAAGUCCGCAGCCCCCGGGCUACAGCCGCGCCCCCGAGUUCCCAGAGCCUCGUUCCGGUGUGUCCCGUAAGAAGAGGCUCUAUGUGAGGUUGCAGCCCCGUGGGGCUGCUGAGACGGCCGUGUUUGACAUCAAACUGAGUGGGAAGAGCAGAGCUGUGCCACAGUACAUGAAGAUCGGGGAAAUCGGUAGCUUUGCCAUCUGGUGUAAGAAAGGAGCCCUUCCCAAAUGCAGCCCUCCUCCUGUCCCCAAGCCCAGGACAGUCAGCCUGGGGCUGAAGCAGCUCUCAUUGGCUGACUCUGAACAGCAGUCACCAGAGAAGCCCGUGGCUCGCUCUGGCUCCAGGUGUGCUUCCUUCACGCUGCACAACUCGGCUGAUGACGGCUCCAACAUCUACAACCUCUCAGCAAUGGAUGGAGUCCCUUUCACACUACACCCCAAAUUCGAGCGCAGCCCCAAAUCUGACAGCAAUGCUAUUCUCACUGACCUGACUGUCAAAUCGCUCGCUGACAUUGAGAAAGAGUACAACUACACCUUUGUAGUGGAACGGACGGCGGCCGCUCGCCUCCCUCCCUCCAUUUGCUGACACCACUCAGUGCUGCCAGGAUGUGAAGCACUGACCCACACUCCCUCCCUCCCUAAGAUCCAAUUACAGGAAGUGCUGAGGGGUGACAAUAAAGGCGUUUCUCUCAUCGCCUGCCAAA